ACGUGACGGCGGGCCUCCUCGGCGGCGGCUAAUCGAGCGCUACUCGCAGUCGCAGCUACCGGCGCUCACAGCUCCGGUUCGGUCCGGUUCGCCCGUGCGGGUCCACUCCGCUGCCUCGACUGCUCGAAGGACGUCCGAUACACAGACACACACACACACACACACACAGCAGCUGUCAAUCACCGGCGGUCCACUCACACUUCCGGUUGCUAGCCAAUUUAACGGGCUAGCAGCGCGCCAGGAAGGAAGGAGGGAAGGAACGAAGGAAGGAGGGAAGGAGGGAGCGAGGGAGCGAGGUUCGGCCGAGGCGCUCCGAACGACGCUCAAUGAUGGACGGACCGAGCAGCCGAAACAAAGCGGCUAGUUAGCAUUUAGCACUUAGCGGACGUCCACAACGACGAUGGAGUCGUGCAGCCCCAACCCGCUGGCCCACUUCACGGACAACUCGUACAAAAUGAGCGAGGAUGACGUCAGGAGGCUCAUCGAGUUCAGAGCCUCCAACGAGCUUCUCUUCACCGGAAAGAGGAACUCCGCCAAGAUGGCCUGGAGCACCAUCCUGAGGGCUUUGGACCUGCAGGGGAAGCUGACAGCCGAGCAGAUCGCCAAGAAGUGGGACAAUCUGCGCUCCAAAUACAAGGACCUUAAGCAGCCCUACCAAUCAGCAGGUCAGGAGCAGCCGGAGGGCGUGGCCGAGUCGUGGCCGUGGUUCCGGAUGAUGGACGACGCCAUGCACGGUCGCCUGUACAACAGUCACAUGGUGCUCGGCGCGCCGAACGACAACAACGACGACAUCCUGGAGUUCCUCAUCAAGACCGAGAUGGAGGACUCGGGCGCCGCCGCCGACGGUGCCGCCGCGCCCGCCGAAGGCCCGCCCGUGGGCUGGAGGAGGAUGGGCGAGUGCUCCUACAAAAUGUCCGAAGCGGAGACGGAGCGCCUCAUCAAGGUUCGCGCCGCCAACGAGGCCAUCUUCACUGGCAGGAAACACUCGGCCAAGCUGGCGUGGAGGGCCGUGCUUGACGAGCUGGGUCUGCAGGGCAAGCUGAGCACCGAGCAGCUGGCCAAGAAGUGGGACAACCUGAAGAGGAGGUACAAGGAGCUGAAGUUUCCCCCGCACGGCGCGGAGUCCAACCCGAGCUCCUGGCCGUGGUUCUACCUCAUGAACGACGCCGCGGAAGGCCGCCUGGCCGGCGCCGCGCCCGCCCUCGCGCCCGUCGCCGACGAGGAGGACGACGAGGACGACGACUGCGAGAUGCUGACCCCCGCGUCCAGGAAGCGAGCCCGCAGGAGCCGCGCGGGCAUGGCCGACUUCCUGACCGAGUCGGAGAUGGACCUGCUGGUCCGCGCCGAGGGCAAAAACGCCUCCUCGGCGCCGGGAGACCUCGGCGGAUGUCUGACUUCAGCUACAAACCGGAAGACGACAUCCGAAAACUGGUGGAGCUGCGAGCGGCCAACGAGGCGCUCUUCACAGGACGGAGGAACAGCGCCAAGCCCGCCUGGAGGUCCGGGGCCUUCCCGCCGACCCGCCGACGUCGUCACGCGUGCUGACGUGCGUUUUGCUUUCGUGCAGGGGCAUCGUGGAGGAGAUGGGCCUGACGGGAAAGAUCACGCCCGACCAGGUGGCCAAGAAGUGGGACAACCUGAAGACCAAGUUCAAGGACCUGAAGUUCCCCCCGCGGGGCGCGGAGCCUCAGGGCGGGGCGGCCUCCUGGCCGUGGUUCCGGCUGAUGAACGACGCCCUGGAGGGCCGGCCUGGCGGGCAACGCCGCCCGGGUGGCGCCAAUGUGGAUCGGCGAGGAGGACGCCGUCGUCUCGGGCCGGCCCCCCUCCGUCGACGGCCGGGGGGCGGAGCCGGGCAUCUGCGGGGCGGAGCCGGGCGCCUUCGGGGCGGAGCCGGAAGUCUGCGGGGCGGGCGACCCCCGAGGGGCCGCGGACCUCUGCGAGUCGGACGGCAACGUCGCCUACAUCGACGCCAGCGGCGAACAAUGCUCCGCCCCUACGGAGCUCUCCUACAAAACGAAGGAAGGAAAUGGGAAAAAUAGUUUUGGAAGACGAAUCGGGCGCCCUUAAUGACGUCAUCGCUGUCGCGGCCAUCAUCCGGCAGCUGGAUCUCCAGGGGAAAGUGUCCACCUACCAGGUGGCCAAGAAGUGGGACAAUCUCAAACGCAGGUUCAAGGACCUGAAGUACCCCCCCGCGGGCAUGGAGAACACGACGGAGAGCGCCGCCUCCUGGCCGUGGUUCCACUUGAUGAAUGACGCCAUGGAGGGUCGCCUGGUGUGCGGCCCCCCCCUGCUGACGCCCGUCACCCUCGAGCCCGCCCCCGGGCGCCGCCCCCCUUCACCGCCCGCCUCCGACUCUGGACUCGAGUCGCCGGCGGGCGGCGGCGGCGAGCCGAACCGCUUUGAGCUGGAGCGUGAGCGCCAGAUGCUGGAGCGAGAGCGGGCGGCGGUGCGGGCUGAGAGAACGCGCCUGGAGAGGGAGCGGGCUGCGCUGGAGGCGGACCGCGCCCUGCUGGAGCAGGAGAGGGCGGCGCUCGGCCGAGAGAGGGACCUUCUGCACCGGGCGGGCGUCGCGAUCUCGUAGACGUCGCUCGGCCGGGACGCGUCGUCGGCCCGCCCGCCCGCCCGCCCGCCCUGGCUCGCGGUGGUGCACAAAGACGUGUUGCUGGCCGGGCGCACGUCGAAUGGCCGCCCACUCCGUUGAACGCCACUGCGCCCCAGGACGCCUUGGACGACGUUCCCGUGGUUGGGCAGCGCUCGCCGCGUUCGUCUCCAUCAGGGAUGUCACCGAGCGUCUCGUCGUCAUCGGCGUCGGCGUCAGUCCCCGGCCCCCGCGCCUUCGAUUUUGGCGAGCUCUAGCGGCUUCUGCACGUUGCCUUUGACUACGUUUGCCUGCAGGAAGUCGGACACUUUGUAUUUAUUUAUCUUAGGAAGGAGGCGGGGCUUCACGUUGUGCCUCAUGAAUAUUCAUGACACUUUUUGAUGUUUCAAAAAUAAAAAUGUUAUCGUUAACAAAGCGAUGCCCCCUGCGCGAGUUGACGUCACGUGACUGGCGUGCCGCGGGCAGCCGUGCGUGGCCGUCAAACCGGAAGAACCGCAACAGACGCGUACACCGAGACCGCCGCGCAUCCUGACACCCGCUGCAACGCCGAGGUGCGGGGGUUAGACGGGCAAGAGAGAGUCUGAGUCGGUCGCCACGGUAACAGUCGCAAAUUUGAGAUGGGAGCGCUGAACGGUGGCAGUCGUUCGGCAGCUAGUCAACAAUUGCUCAAAAAGGCUCUUGAAUGUCUCGCUCAUCUUUACUCAGAAACCAAAACGCCAUAGACGAGCUAACGAAUAGCAUCAGUGUCGUGCGUUAUAACCAUUUCAGGAAUAAUACUUGAACACAAACACAUAUCGACGGACCAACUCACGGCAUAUUUUCUUAAUCUGCGAAGAAGGACUCCUAUUACUACGACUUGAGUGAGCAAUUGUGACCGUGAUGUCAGUAGGUCUGUAUUGUACUGCCCCCAGGUGGCCAAGGCGCGCACACCAGGAGGAGGAGCACAAUGCCUCUUGAAAAAAUGUGGCAAAAACGGUUUCAUUUUUUACAUCCUCAUGAAUGAUGUCACUGCUGUACAGUAGGAGGAAAAAGUAUGUGAGUCAUUUGGAUUCGUUUUUUUUAAAAAAUCUCUGCAUAAAUUGGUCAUAAAAAUGUGUAAUCACUGAUUUUCUUCUAAAUCACACGAAUAAACAGUCUGCCUAAACUAAUACCACAAGCAAAUGUUUUCAUAUGAAAAUAACACGUGAACAUUGAGAGGAAAGUAAGCGAACCUUUGGGCUUCGGAUUGGCCAAGAGCUAAUCGGUCCGGUGUGAGCCAACUUUGAGUCCAAUCAAUGAGCCAAAAUGGGAGCUGCGCCUUUCCGCUGCUCUGCCACGACAAAACACACCGGUUUUUAGAAUCGUCUCCUGUCAAGAAGCACUACCUGAUCUGUACCACGCCUCACUCCAAAGCGAUCUCGGAAGAUGUACGAUUAAGACUUGUUGACUUGUAUAAAGCUGGAAAAGGUUACAAAAGGAUCCGAAAAUCCACGGUUUGACAAAUUGUUUCGAAAUAGAGGAAGUUCAGCACCGUUGCUUCUCUUCCGAGGUAAAGAUGACUUGCGAGAGCACAAGGCGGAAUGCUCAAUGAGGUCUUUUGACCUCCGAGUGUCAACCCAAAGCACAAAUGCAGUAACUUCCGUCAUGACUUACUGGGCCUGCAAAAGCGUCCAUUGGGCAGUGCGUGUGCGCCUGCUCCUUCCUCUUUGCUCCUUCUCCGCUUUUCGACCGAAGGUUUGCAUUCAACCACCGUUUCCGGGCCAUCGACGGCGCAUUACCAGGAGUCCCGUGCGCGUUCCCGCCAGGAUGCCCGGCUGCCACGCGUUUGGCUCCUGCGUCGCGGGAAGGCCAGGCGACGGAGAUGUAACGAGAGAACCAUCCCAAACGUAUCGCAUUCGUAUGAAGGCCGGAUUUGAACUCGCAACCUCAGAACUGUGCCGCCACGUUUGAACUUUUCAAGGAAAAAAAGUCGCAAUCUUGACGCAAACAAAGAAUGUUGUGAGGUCUUAUGAGAUGAAGUUGUAUUUUACCACAAAUUGAACUGGGUGAAAAAGUGACAUUUAAAAAUACAACCACCAUGCAGAUUCUUUUUUUUUGUGGGGGGGACAAAUGUGCGUUAUUUGCUGAAAAACCUGCCUAUUUGCUGUUCAUGUAGCUUGACUUUUUCCCUAUUCUAGCUUAAUUCUGGACUUUGGGGAAUUUUCACUUGUGAUUUUUAUUUUACAGUCACGAUUGAUUUUCUUUAUUUUGUCCAAAUAAAAUCCACAUGAAGAGUU